GCUUAUAAAUCUAAAGUAGAAUUUAUUCGUAACUAGUCUGGUUGCAGCGUUAGAGCAUCAGCUUAUUCCAUAGCACGCAGUACGCACACAAUCCACCAUGCAGUCCAUUGCCAUUAUUUCCGCUAUUUUGGCCCUGGCUGCCGUAGCGUCCGGCAGUGUCAUCGCGGAUGCCGUCGCUGGACAACAGCCAAGGAUGUGCAUGAUUUACUGCGAGCAUGGAUUCGAGCUGAACGAAAAUGGACAGCAGAUAUGCAAAUGCCGAACGGCUCCCACGUGUGCGCCGGUAAUGUGCAUGAUCUUCUGUGAGCAUGGCUUUGACACCGCCGAGAACGGAUGCGAAGUCUGCCGCUGCAAGCCACAACCACAACCGACUUGCCCACCGGCCAUGUGCCAUUUCCAGUGCCCUCACGGAUUCGUCCACGAUGCAAAUGGAUGUCGCACCUGCCGAUGCCAAUACAUGCCACCAAUCCACCGACCGACCCUGAUCCCUCCGUUCAUCGAUCCUGAACAUCUCGGUUAAAUGUUUCACGAUUCCGCGAUCCGGGAAUGAAAUAAAAAGGAAAUACUACUUUAUAUUUGGUUAUUGCUUUGUUUAUGGGUUACCUGGAUUCUGUGCUGUACUGCAGCCAGAAAUAAAACAAAACCAAAUGCUAACAUGAGGUCAUAAUUUUACUGAGACAUCCAAUAAAAUUUGCCCUCGCGGCGCAGUGAAA